CGUAAGGGCUGUUUAUUUUUGGGUUUUUCGUGGGCCGCGUGGUCCUUCGCAGGUAUUUUUCGAGUAAUGCGCUCCCUGAUCGUGUCGGACUCAUCCUGGUGUUCAAGAAGCACUUAAUGGAGCAACAAAAGAUGAGCAGUUCGGAGGAGGUGUCAUGGAUUUCCUGGUUCUGCGGCCUCAGGGGCAACGAAUUCUUCUGCGAGGUCGAUGAAGAUUACAUCCAGGACAAGUUCAACUUGACCGGUCUAAAUGAGCAAGUACCACAUUAUCGUCAGGCUCUGGACAUGAUUUUAGAUUUAGAGCCAGACGAUGACUUAGACGACAACCCAAAUCAGUCGGAUCUCAUCGAACAGGCCGCCGAGAUGCUCUACGGUUUGAUACAUGCUCGUUACAUUCUCACCAAUCGAGGAAUAGCCCAGAUGAUAGAAAAAUAUCAAGCUGGCGACUUCGGUCACUGUCCGAGAGUCUACUGUGAAUCGCAGCCCAUGCUUCCCCUGGGUUUGAGUGACGUGCCUGGAGAAGCAAUGGUGAAGAGUUACUGUCCCAAAUGCAUGGAUGUAUAUACGCCAAAAAGUUCCCGACAUCACCACACUGACGGUGCUUACUUCGGAACUGGGUUCCCACACAUGCUUUUUAUGGUUCAUCCUGAGUAUCGACCAAAGCGGGCAGCAAAUCAAUUUGUGCCGAGGUUAUACGGCUUCAAAAUUCAUCCGAUAGCUUAUCAGGUUCAACAGCAGUCGGCAUCGACGUUCAAAGCUCCUCUGCGGGCACUCAAUUACAACAAUGGAAAGCGCUAAGAGCCUCGGACUAGAAAACUUCUUCAUACGACUUGUAAUGCAAAUCUUAAUUUCGUCCCUACGUCUUAAAUGAAAUAUUAUUUUUUAUAUGUCUUACGUAUUCUCGAGGCGCUGAAACGGAAGCCAUCUCUAUAAUCUUGGAGUAUUCUAUUUUAUUUUGGGACUCUAUUUCUCUCUUAUUCUCACUCUUAACUUUCUCUGUCUCUUUAUCUUUAUCUUAUGAAGUAAUGUGAAACAGAGAGUAGCGAUAUGAAAUUCAUAGUCUUAAGUGCGCUCUGCUGAUUUUCACGUUGGUAUCUGAAACAAAUCCCUUGUGACUGGGAACUUGUUAAUACACAAGACACGGAACAUUGUCCAAUGGCGAAAGGCUAAAAUAACGUAGUGAUACCUCAAAUACGAGAAUGAAGAUAAAUCGAUGAGUAGAAUGCAUCUGUCUGUACGAGUCCCAUGCGUCGUCGCAACUAUGGUUGCUGCCAAGUAGUUCCUAAGCUCGAGCGCUUUCGCAACGAAAGUUUUUUCGGGGAUAGAGGAGCGUAGGUAGCAUCAAGUCCAGAUCAAUUUUCGAGGUCGAGAGCUGGUGUAUAAAAAAAAAACUGUUAAGCAUAAUUUAAUUUAAUCGAUUAAAUAUGAAUGUGAAUUGCGACAGAAGUGAAUUGUUGUGUAGUUUCCUAGACUCGGAGCCUGGUUUCACGCAAUGAGGAGGCAUUAAUUAUAAAUUUAAUAACUUAGUGGUAAAGUUUGUACUUUAUUGCCACGCAUAUUCUACUAAUUCUUUUUUUUUUUUUUUUUUUUUUUUUUUUUUGAAUGACAAUUUUUAUGCGUUCAUACUCCAAUCCCAAGCCACGGCGCCGCGCAGUCGAAACUAAGUUGUGAUCUUAGUCUAGAUUGAGGCUAAUCAAAGCAAACUAGGAAGAGAAGAAGUGGGAUUCACGAUUUUUGUAGAACAAUUCACGAGACUAGAUGAACAUGUGGUACAAAGUAAACACUUCUUUUUGAAUUGGCUUUAUUAUUAUAAAUAUGAAAGUUGUUUUUUCUUUGACCAAACGCCUUUUUUUAGCGAUUCGAAUUAAUGAUUUAAUUCGACUAUGUAUUAUACAUUGAUACGAUCUAUAAUUAAAACAUAUGA